ACACACAUUUUUUCUUAGCGGCUGGAAGCAAAGCUUUAACCACACGCAGAUUAACACCCUCAUCACUCUCUUAACAAAGAUUCAAUCUUUUUCCAAUCGGGGACCUUUACAGACAGUUUGUUGUGUGUAUAAUCCUUAAAGAUUGAAUCUUUACAUUGAUUUCAAGAAAACAAGGGUCUUAAAUGAGCUAAUUCACGCAUCUAAUCAUGUGUGAUCGCUGGUUGAGUCCAGUAAUUUAAAGGGGUUUGUGGGUUUUUGUAUGGAAACUCGUAGCCGCAAAAGGGCAGAGGCCCCUCCUUCUUCUUCAUCUGGUGUGUCUACUCGUGCUUCAAAACGCCGUCGUUUAACCUCUGCUGUUGCUAAUUCAAGGAUCUUGACUAAAGGUGUGAGUAUGGAUGAGUCUUCGGGUUCGGGUCAUCGCGGUCGUCGUGGCAAGAAUCAUGUUGUGGACAAGGUUAAGGAGAGUUCUGACAAAGGGAAAGAGAAGGAGAUUGAUGUUAGGGUUAGGGGGAAUGAAGUUGAGAGGAUGUUGGGGUUAAAGAUUGAGUCGAAUCGAGAUGACGAUGAGGAUGGGGAUAGUGAGGAUGAGGAUAGUGAUGAGGAUGGUGUGGGGAUGUUGCAUUCUAAUUUGACUUCUGCAAGUAGUGCAUUGCAAGGCUUGUUGAGGAGAUUGGGGGCUGGAUUGGAUGAUUUGCUUCCGUCUUCUGCAAUGGCAGCUGCGUCCGGUUCUCAUCAGAGUGGGAGAUUGAAGAAGAUUUUGGUGGGGUUGAGGGCUGAUGGUGAGGAAGGGAAGCAAGUUGAGGCUUUGACUCAGCUUUGUGAUAUGCUUUCCAUUGGGACUGAGGAUUCGCUUAGUACAUUCCCGGUGGAUUCUUUUGUUCCGGUGCUUGUAGGGUUGUUGGGGUAUGAGAGUAAUCCUGAUAUUAUGCUUCUUGCAGCUAGGGCUAUUACACAUUUGUGUGAUGUGCUUCCGUCUUCCUGUUCGGCUGUGGUGCAUUAUGGUGCUGUUAGUUGUUUUGUUAACAGAUUGGUUGCGAUUCAGUAUAUGGAUUUGGCUGAACAGUCUCUACAAGCUCUGAAAAAGAUAUCCCAGGAGCACCCAACUGCUUGCUUACGUGCCGGUGCAUUGAUAGCAGUGUUGUCAUAUCUUGACUUCUUCUCAACUGGAGUCCAGCGUGUGGCAUUAUCUACUGCUGCAAAUAUUUGUAAGAAGUUGCCUUCUGAUGCAUCUGAUUUUGUAAUGGAUGCUGUUCCUAUACUUACUAAUCUACUUCAGUAUCAUGAUGCCAAGGUUGUAGAGCAUGCUUCCAUCUGCCUGACUAGGAUUACCGAGGCUUUCGCUUCAUCUUCUGAUAAUCUGGACCAACUGUGCAAUCAUGGGCUGGUUACACAGGCAGCCUCACUAAUAUCUACCACUAGCUCUGGAGGCGGCCAAGCUUCUCUCAGCACAUCCACAUAUACGGGAUUGGUACACUUGCUUUCAACAUGUGCAAGCGGGUCACCACUAGGAGCGAAAACUUUACUACUACUGGGGAUCAGUGGCAUUCUUAAAAAUAUAUUAUCUGGUUCUGGUCUUGUCGCAGGCAUGUCUGCAACCCCUGCUUUAAGCAGACCACCAGAGCAGAUUUUUGAGAUUGUGAAUCUAGCAAAUGAGCUUCUUCCCCCGUUACCUGAAGGAACUAUUUCUCUUCCUGCAAGUUGCAAUAUAUUUCAAAAGGGAUCUCAUCUAAAGAAGCCUCCUGCUAGCAGUUCUGAAGUACAAGUAGAUUCUUCUAGAUGCAGUUAUGAAAUUUCAACUCGUAAGAAAUUAUUAAAUGAACAGCCAGAGCUUCUUCAACAAUUUGGAAUGGACCUUCUUCCUGUUCUAAUUCAGAUCUAUGGAUCUAGUGUGAAUGGUUCUGUUCGUCACAAUUGCCUUUCUGUUAUUGGGAAGCUCAUGUACUUUAGCAGUGCAGAUAUGAUACAGUCCUUGUUAAGUGGAACAAAUAUAUCGAGUUUCUUAGCUGGGGUUUUAGCUUGGAAGGAUCCGCAAGUUUUGGUGCCUGCCCUUCAAAUAGCGGAUAUUCUCAUGGAAAAACUUCCUGGAACUUUCUCCAAUAUAUUCGUAAGAGAAGGUGUAUUGCAUGCUGUAGAUGCACUAAUAUUACCAGGAUCUACCAGUACUCUGAUCUCCCAGGCGUCACUAUGCGAGUUGGCAAAUGAUUCUAUAACUGGGUCCUCGCGUUCAAGACGUUACCAAAGACGAGGUGAAAACUCGAGUUUAAAUGUUAACUCCACAGAUGAAUCCAAAUAUUCGAUUCCAACUAUUGGGUCACCUCCAAGUGCAACUGAAAUUCCUUCUGUUAACUCCAAUAUUCGUAUGGCUGUAAGUACAUGUGCCAAAACUUUCAAAGAAAAGUACUUCCGCACGAAUCCUGGUGUGGUCGACGCUGGGGUUACAGUUGAUCUUUUAAAUUUAAAAAACCUUUGCACAAGGUUGAAUGCUGGUAUCCAAGAUGGGAGGACUAAAUCAAAAGGAACAUCCAGAUCUACGGGUUCACGUAUUGCUAAUAUUUCUGAUAGUGAAGAAGAUAAAUUGGUUAGGGUGAUAUCCGAGAUGCUAAUUGAGCUAAGCAAAGGGGAUGGUGUGUCCACUUUUGAAUUCAUUGGUAGUGGUGUAGUGGAUGCUCUGCUGAACUACUUCUCCUGUGGAUACACUACCAAGGAGAAAAUGUCAGAAGCUAAUCUGUCUAAGCUCCGACAACAAGCAAUUAGAAGGUAUAAAUCAUUUGUUGCACUUGCACUUCCUUCAGGUGUUCUUGAAAAAAAUGAAGCGCCAAUGAGUAUCUUAGUUCAGAAGCUUCAAAAUGCAUUGUCCUCCUCUGAGCGUUUUCCUGUCGUACUGAGCCAUAGUGCAAGAUCGUCUAGUGGUAAUGUCCGACUCUCUUCUGGUCUGAGUGCUCUGUCUCAGCCAUUCAAGUUGCGGCUGUGUAGAUCACAAGGAGAAAAAUCUCUCCGUGAUUAUUCGUCAAACGUUGUUCUGAUUGAUCCGUUAGCGACUCUAGCUGCUAUUGAAGACUUCCUAUGGCCUCGAGUACAACGAGCUGAUAGUGUUCAGAAGCCUGCAGAGUCUAUUGGGAAUCUUGAGUCUGGAAAAGCUCCUACUGGAGCUGGUGCUUCAUCACUAUUUACUCCAACCCCCGCUUAUACUACGCGUCGUCAUUCAACAAGAUCUAGAGCAUCUAUCGUUAUUAAUGAAAAUACCAAGAAGGAAUCAUUACAGGAGAGGAGCACAAGCUUAUCUAAAGGGAAGGGCAAAGCUGUUUUGAAGACAGCUCAAGAGGAUGCAAGAGGACCUCAGACAAGACAUGCUGCUCGUAAAAAAGCGGCUCUGGAUAAAGAUGCUGAAAUGAAACCUGCAGAAGUAGAUUCUUCUUCUGAGGAUGAAGAUCUGGACAUAUCUCCUAUUGAAAUUGAUGAGGCUUUAGUGAUUGAAGAUGAUGAUAUCUCCGAUGAGGAUGAUGACGACCAUGAUGAUCUAUUGAGAGGUGAUUCUCUUCCUCUUUGCACGCCGGACAGAGUGCAUGAUGUUAAAUUAGGUGAUUCAACUGAAAGUAGUCCUAUUGGCCCAACACCAAGCAGUAGCCAGACAAACCCAGCUCGUGGUUCUAGCAGCAGAGCUACAACAGACAAGGGCUCGGAUUCUGGUAAUUUCAGGAGUGGAAAUUCUUUUGGUUCAAGGGGUGCAAUGUCUUUUGCUGCAGCUGCUAUGGCCGGGCUUGCAUCUUCAAAUGGUAGAGGUAUCAGGGGAGCAAGAGACCGACAGGGAAGACUCAUCUUUGGUCAUAAUGAGCAACCCAAAUUAGUUUUUUCAGCUGCUGGUAAGCAGCUAAAUAGACAUUUGACCAUCUAUCAGGCUGUGCAGAGACAGCUUUUCCUUGAUGAGGAUGACGAUGAGAGAUAUAAUGGUAGUGAUUUUGUUUCUAGUGAUGGAAGCAGACUGUGGGGUGACAUCUAUACCAUCACAUAUCAGAGGGCUGACAGCCAAGCUGACAGGGGUUCAGCUGAGGCAGUAAGUUCUACAUCGCCUGGUAAAUCAUCAAGGACGGGUUCUGCUCUUAAUUCCACUGUUAAUCCAUCAUUGCAGCACUCAUCACUUUUAGAUAGUAUUUUGCAUGUGGAAUUACCUUGUGAUCUUGAAAAAAGUAAUCCAUCAUAUGGCAUAUUGGCACUAUUACGUGUAUUAGAGGGAUUGAAUCAACUAGCACAACGUUUACGUGUCGAGGCAGCGACUAAUAGUUUUGCUGAAGGAAAGAUCUCUAGCUUAGAUGAGAUUAUUGUGACAGGUGUCAGGGUUCCCAUCGAGGAAUUUAUCAAUAGUAAGCUUACUCCGAAAUUAGCUCGACAGAUUCAAGAUGCACUCGCCCUUUGUAGUGGGAGUCUUCCAUCUUGGUGCUACCAGUUGACAAGAGCAUGUCCAUUCUUGUUUCCUUUUGAGACCCGGCGUCAGUAUUUCUAUUCUACUGCUUUUGGAUUGUCUCGUGCACUGCAUCGACUUCAACAGCAGCAGGGUGCAGAUGGUCUUGGUUCAAUGAAUGAAAGAGAGGUCCGGGUUGGGAGAUUACAGAGGCAGAAAGUUCGUGUAUCUCGAAAUCGCAUUCUUGAGUCGGCAGCAAAGGUUAUGGAGAUGUAUUCUAGUCAAAAGGCUGUUCUAGAAGUAGAAUAUUUUGGCGAAGUUGGUACUGGAUUAGGGCCUACCUUGGAGUUUUACACCCUUUUGAGUCACGACCUACAGAAGGUUGGACUUGGAAUGUGGAGAUCUAAUUCCUAUGAUAAAUCAGCAGUUGAAAGUGAUACAGUUCACCAGAAAGAUGGGAAGAGGAUAAGCAAUAUUAGUCAGGCAUCUAGAGAUCUUAUUCAAGCACCUCUUGGUUUGUUCCCGCGGCCUUGGCCACCAUCUGAUGGCUCUGAUGUUGGUCAAUUUAACAAGGUAAUUGAUUACUUCAGACUUCUUGGUCGCGUGACAGCCAAGGCUCUUCAAGAUGGACGGCUUCUGGACUUGCCAUUAUCUACCGCAUUUUAUAAGCUUAUCCUUGGUCAAGAACUCAAUUUGCAUGACAUUCUUUCUUUUGAUGCCGAACUGGGGAAGUCGCUUCUAGAACUACAAGCCCUUAUUUGCAGGAAACAGUAUUUACAAUCAACAAGAGGCCAAGAUCAUGAAGCUGCUGAUAUACACUUCCAUGGGGCUUCGGUAGAAGAUCUUUGUCUGGAUUUUACACUGCCUGGAUAUCCUAAUUACGUCAUGAAACCAGGCGAUGAGAUGGUUGAUAUAAAUAAUUUGGAAGAGUAUAUUUCCCUUGCCGUUGAUGCUACUGUAAGAGUUGGGAUCUUUAAACAGCUGGAGGCAUUUAGAGCUGGCUUUAAUCAGGUCUUUGACAUCGCAGCUUUGCAAAUAUUUUCCCCAGACGAAUUGGACUAUUUGCUUUGUGGCCGUAGAGAGUUGUGGAAGAUGGAGUCGCUUGCAGAUCACAUUAAGUUUGAUCAUGGCUAUAAUGCAAAGAGCCCUGCAAUUGUAAAUUUACUUGAGAUUAUGGGAGAAUUUACCCCAGAGCAGCAGCGGGCUUUCUGUCAGUUUGUGACUGGUGCACCUCGGCUUCCUCCUGGCGGUUUGGCAGCACUGAAUCCAAAGCUGACUAUUGUGAGAAAGCAUUCGUCAACUGUCGGGAACAUGUCGAAUGUGCCCGGUGUGUCAGAAUCAGCCGAUGAUGAUUUACCAAGUGUGAUGACAUGUGCAAAUUACUUGAAGCUUCCUCCUUAUUCUACCAAGGAAGUCAUGUACAAGAAGCUACUAUAUGCUAUAAGUGAAGGACAGGGAUCUUUUGAUUUGUCAUGAGUUUAGACUAACUGAAAAUGUAUAUUAUUGGAAACACAUGUGGCUUUAUUUUAGAACUGGAUUUUGUUAGUGCUGAAAGUAGCAUCAUUCGCUUCUUCCCUGUGAUACUUGGGGCAGCUGCAGACUGUCAAGUUUUAAUUGGGGGCUCACUAUGGCAGCUUCUCUAAAUUACAUUGGUUGUUCCAUGUUCGGAGUGAUUAAAGGGAAUAUAUAUACCUGGAGCUCCAUGGCAUGCUGCUAAGAAUCAGGUUGUAGAUAAACAGGAAGUUUAGAAUCUUCGGUUUUUGGUUUUGUAAUCUGUCUUAAACGAGUACUUGUAUGAGCUUGUAUUCUUCCUUUAUUUCAUUCAGAGAGAGUUCAGAGUUGUAUCAUGUUGACGUUUUACAUUUGACAUUGUUGCACUGAAAUAAAAAUUAUUGGCACAUGGAGAUGGAGCCGCUUUUUCUUUUAA